GAGAAAUCUCAUAGUCAGCACACAAAUUCUGAUGAAAUCACCCAACUUGAUACCACAAAUCAGCCGAAAAUACAUUUAACAAAGAGCAAAUCACGUGCAGCUAGUUAUCUUGCUCGAAAAACUAGUAACCCAGGCAAAAGCGAAAAAAACCUGCCAUUGGUGCCCAACGUGUCUAACAUAGUAACUAACAAUGUUACCCUACAAUCUAAAAAUAAAACCAUUUUAAGUCCUAUACAAAAAGGCAAUAACAACACUUUAAAGAAGAAAAAAGCAAAACCGCCCUUAGAAAAAAAACCUAAACAAGAGUUUUCAAAAGAAAAUAUAAAACAAAAUGAGUCAACUAAGAAAUGGGUAGAUAAACAAUAUAACCUAAGAAAAUGUAAGAGAUUUAUAACACAUCUCUUACCAGAGUCAUUCUCUAAACAAGUUAAAAAGCUUAGAGAACUUGUUAAAGAAAACGAAAAUAAAGUCAAAUUAAUUGGAGUAACAACCAAUACUCAUUGGGAUGAGAUAGUACUACCUUCAAAGAAAGGAAAAAAGAAGGAUGAUGAACUUUCUAAAGAUCAACCACGAAAAAUAAAUCAAAUCAUUAAACAAAAGUUAAAUAGAUUAGAUAAAGCUAUACUUGAUAGAGAAAUAGCCAAAGACACAAAAAUUAAACAAACAAUUCAAGAUCUCAAUUGGAGAUUGGAGCAAAUAAAUAAAACCUACAGUUAUACUCAAGGCUUAACUAAAGAAGAAAUAGAAGAAUAUCUUGAAUCAAUCCAAAAAAUAACAAAAAUUAAAGAUACUGACAAACCUGCAGAAACAAGAAGAGAAUACUUAUAUGAAAAACAUCGAGAAGAUAUAAAAGAUCUUCAAGAAGAAUAUAAUAAAGAUAUUCACAGAAUACUAGAUAUAACCGCUGAAGAAUUCAAUGAUAUAGGACUCAUUGAACAACAAGCAGCAGUAACUGCAUUAAUAACAGCACAAGCACACUGCAAAGAUGAAUCUACAAAACAAGCAUUAUAUAAAAAACACAAAGAAUUCUUAGAAUCUCAAUUAGAAAAAGUGGGAGAAAUGUAUGAUGACAAAGAAAUUCAAGGAAGAAUUUAUAGAGAUGUCAUCAAGGCAAGGAAAAAGGAAAAACCACAAAUGUUACUACCCGAUCCAAAAGGAAGAAAUACCUACAAACUAUAUGAACAAUAUGAUGUACUCAAAGAUAAAGAAUUUGUUAGAGAAAAUGACCAAAUUGGAAUAAGAAUAUCACAUUCACCCACAGAUGACAUAUUCUUAAAUGAAAGGCUAUCACAAGCCUCUAGAAGGAAUGAAGAUAUUCCUCAAGGAGUAUUACCAAAAGUAACAAAGUUCUUCAAAGACAUAGGACAAGGAAUUAAAAAUAAAUUCACAUCUAGACCAACAACAUCUUCACCAUUAAGUCAACAUACUUUAAGUAGAACACCUACUAUUGAAAUUAGUGCUGAUGCACUUGACUGA